AUGCUUGUCAAUUUCAAAACAAGAUUUGUUGCUUAUGGUGGCUCAAAAGCCCUUAGAUUCCUCGAUUGGGUGACCUACUUUAAGUUUGUUUGUGCUUUUCGUUUGGUGGAACUUGCUUUUAUAGAAUUAACUCUUACUAUAAUGACAACAACAAACCUUGCACUUGUUUUGGUUGAAAGCGCCUGGGCCCCUAAAGAACCUAUAACUAUCGAGUUGCAUGGGGAUGAAUUUUGGCCACUGUCAGGGAAACCAUAUUUUCGUGCUAUUAUUGGGAAAGUGUAUUUGCGAAGACCCUAUCAAUUGGUGCUUCCAGCUAAAAUGCAUCCAGCACUACCUUCUGGUGUAGUCCCCACAUAUCUCACUUAUAAGGGCAAGGAGUGGAAGAUGCUCUAUCAUAAAGGUCAUACGAGUAGAUAUAAUGGUGGAUGGAAAUCAUUUGAGAUCGACAACAAUCUGAAGAUUGGCAAUGGUUGUGUCUUUGAACUCAUGGAAUGCAGCAAGGAGAGACUCAAAUUCAGGGUUCAAAUUCUCAGGGGUGACAUCCCAUCUGAAUUGCCAUGCAAGGUGAAUGUUGAGAAUGAAGACACUCGUAUGGUUAUUGAAUAG